AGAAAGAAUUUUCUUUUUCCUUAGGUUUAUUAUUUUCUCUUUUUUUUUUAUUAUUUUUUUACUUUUUUUAACUUUCUUUUCAUUUUCUUUAUCUUUCAUACCUUUUUAUACGGUAUACGGUAUAUUCUUUACCUAACUAUUAUAUACGGGAGCUCACUUAAUGAUCGACAAGACAAUGUCUAGUUUUAAAACUAUUAUUUAUUAUAGGAAAAAAUAUAUAUAAAGUAUUCGUAUUUAGGAAUUUCUCUUCACUGAUUACCGCGAUAAAAAAGCUCAAAAAAAUGUAUUUUGAAGAAAAAACUAUUAUUGACACUACUUUUCAUCAAAUUAUCACAACUGAACAUAAAAGAAUUUUAUGUGAUGCCCUUUUGAAACAAUGUAAUAAAAUAUUAAAAGAAAUUCCACCAAAUAAUAAUUAUCAAUAUUGGGAUGUUUAUACAGGAACUGCUGGAUUAUCACUCCUUUUUUUGAAACUUCAUGAACGAGACCCAGGAUUGAUGUUUGGGGCCAAAAGUACUCUAACAAUUGCGGAUGAAUACAUAGAUAAGGCUCUUACAACUUAUAUGGGACAAAAUAAGUUAACUUUUGAUGGUCUGCCUAAUGCAAUCGAACAUGAAUGCAGUUUCCUCUGUACUGUUGUUGGAUUGUACGCUGUAGCGGCUCAAGUCAAACAUCACACCGGUGACCAAGAAUCUUCUAAAAGAUAUCUCGACUUGAUACAAUCUCGUUACUUAAAGGCGGCACUUUCUCCAAAAACUCCGAAUGAACUAUUUUAUGGACGCGCUGGAUAUUUGUAUUCCUUACGUUAUAUAUCUGGUUUAAUCAAUUUGAUGGAAGAAGAUAAAGAAAAUCCAGUAUCACAAAUAUCACAAAUCAUAUCUAGUGUGAUUGAAUGUAUUAUUGAAGAUGGGAAAAGAACGGCAGUGAGCCAUCAAGCAACAAGUUAUACUCCUUUGCUUUGGAUAUGGUUAGAUUAUCCUUAUGUUGGAGCAUCUCAUGGUUUCGCUGGAAUAUUAACUAUGUUAUUACAAUUUCCAAAACAAUGUCAAGAAUACAUGAGUUUAAUUAAAAAUACAACUGAUUAUAUUUUGUUCAAGUGUCGUCAAGUAAAUGGAAAUUGGCCUAGUAUUUUAUCCGAAACUUCCAAUGAUUUUAUCCAAUUCUGCCAUGGAGCUCCUGGAAUUUGUUUCUUGGCUUGUAAAGCAUAUGAAGUAUUUGAAGAUGAAGAAUAUUUGAACCUUGCUAAAGAAAUUGCAGAUUACACAUAUUUACAUGGAAGAACACGAAAAGGAGUAGGAUUGUGUCAUGGAAUUUCCGGAAAUGCGUACCCAUUCCUAUCAGUUUAUCAACUUACCAAAGAUCAAAAAUAUUUACAAUAUGCCUUUGAAUAUGCCGAAAUUUGUAUUAAUUGGGAAAUGAAAACUAAUCGAGAAGAAUUUGUUGUUCCUGAUAGACCUUGGUCCAUUUUUGAAGGACUCGGAGGAUCAGCUUGGCUUAUUGCUGACUUAUUAUACUGGGAUCGGGAGGUUUUCAAGGGAUUUUCAGGAUUAACAGAUGUUUGAUAAGCUGUAGCUGCGGAUCUUUUUUCUAACACAAUUUUGACGUAAAAUUUUCGAACAUAUGUAAUAAUGUAAUACAAACAAUAACCUCACAGAUCAUUUACAGAUUAGAUCAUUCUAAAAAUUUCUAGUAAAUUCUUAUAAAUAAAAUUUUUCCCACGGAUUUUGUUUAAAUAAAACUAAAGAUCGGAUCCCAAAUAAAUUUUUUCUUUA